AUGCCCAAGGCCUACUUUGUCAACAAGCGCGAGGCAGCGCGCGCAUUUCACUCGGACAAUGACGACGACGACGAUGACGAGCUCGAACAGCUCGAUCUCGACGCCACGUUUCAGAAGGACAUGGUGCUCUUCUGCAUCGACGCCGGUCCAUCCAUGCACCGCAUCGAUCCCAUCACCAACACUUCGCCGCUCUACUCGGCUCUCAAAGCAGCCGCCUCGCUCAUGCAGAAGAAGCUCAUCUCGUCGCCUCACGACCACGUUGGCGUGCUCAUCUUCAACUGCGCAGAGACGCUCUUUCGCUCCGCAAAGCCAGGCGAGUACUACAAGGGCAGCUAUGAGCUCCAGUCGGUGCGUCAGGUCAACGUACCGGACACGUACAACCUCAAGGCGCUGCUGCAUGAGGCAGAGAACGACCCCAAGCAUCUACAGACCGUGCUGCCCCCAGCAGAAAAACAGAUGCGCAUCGACUGGGCGCUUGCCAAUGCCGGUGUAGCCAUGGUCACAGCGCCCAAUGCAGGAAGCAAGCGCGUGUUCUGGAUUACCGACAACGAUGAUCCACAUCCGAUGAGCAUCGAUCCCAAGGCGACCAAGGCGAGACGAGCGUGCCUCGACAAGAUGAACGAGUUUCGCAAGAUCGGCGUGCGCAUCGAACCCUUUUUCAUCAAUCCCAGCAAUACGACCGCGCAGACAGCCUCGCAGGCCUCGUCGAGCGAUCUCACGCGUAGCUUCGAGAUCAACAAGUUCUACGCCGACGUGUUUGCACACUACGACGACGACCGCGAAGACCAAGAUGACGAGGAUAGCGUGUAUCCUCGCCGUCUGCCGAAAGGGUUUGGCAGGACAGCUGCCGAUCAGCUGCGGGGCCAAGAGGUCAAGCGCAGUCUAUGGGACUCGAGCGUUCGCUUUCAGGAGCUGGAGGACGACAUUGCCACACGCGAAACACCAAAACGCGUCGUCUUCAACAUCCGAUUCGAGCUUGCCGCUCUUGACCCACCACCGUCAGCGUCCGAGUCGGCUUCUACAGAGACCGGUGCAGAAGAGAGGCUUCCGCAGGCACGCACGCGCGGACGCAAGUGGCAGAUCGGCGUCAAAGGCUACAGCCUCGUCUCUCGCACCACCAAGGGCAAUCCAGUCAAGGUUAUCGUAGACGACGAUUGUGGCGAGCUCAAGGAGGUGGUGACGCACCAGCACUACAUUGACGCCAACACAGGCAAGCCGCUGUCCAAGGAAGAGGUGAUCCCCGCUUUCCAGUUUGGCCCCUCUUCCAGUCUGCGCGGGCAGGUUACUUUCACCUCGCAGGAGCUGCGGAGCAUCAAGACGUUUGGCAUGCUACCGUGUCUCAAGCUGAUUGGGUUCAGGGACCGAGACGAGCUGCUCCGGUUCGAGUGGAACGUCAAACACGCCUAUUUCAUCUAUCCGUCAGAUGCCGAGUGGAAGGGAAGCAGGAAGACGUUUGCUGCGCUGCUCCAGUCGAUGGUCAAGAAGGGUAAGGUGGGGUUGGGACUGUUUAUGCCAAGGCAGAAUGUGGUUCCCGUGUUUGUAGCUAUUGUUCCGCAGGAGGAAGAGGUGAGUGCGGAUGGCCAGCAGAUUACGGCGCCGGGGAUGCACAUCAUCACGCUGCCGUAUGCCGAUGACGUGCGCGACAUUCCCACCAACCUGUUGCACACCGAGGACGCCAACGACACGCAGGUCGACAAAGCGAUCGCCUUCAUUGAGCGCUACCAGAAGAAGCAGCCGUUCAAUCCAGACCACUACCCGAACCCUGCCCUCAAUCACCACUACUCGGUUCUCAUGGCCACCGCGUUCCAAGAACCGCUCCCCAGCCAGCCCAACGACUUGACGGUGCCACAGUAUGCGACCAUCAAAAAACGCACCGCACACCUCAUUCAGGAAUGGCACGACGCCAUCAACGACGAUCCGCGCCUCAGCAUGGUCUCCACUUCGAGCAGCAAGCAGGCGCGCACCAGCACCAGUGUGCGCAAAACCAGCUUUGAAGAUGAUACCGAGAUCCUGGAGCUGUGGGGACAGGGCAAGCUGAGCGCGUAUACCGUCGACGAGUUGCGAUCGGUUUGUGAGUUUUACAGGCUGGACAAGAAAGGCAAGAAGGCGGAUCUGCUGGUGAGGAUCGAUGCGCACAUUCGGAAGCAGAAGAAGGGGUAG